UAUGCCACUUUUAGGGUUUUAUUUCCACAGUUUCUUUGAUCCACAGUUGUGUAGAAGUCAUUUUUAUAAAUGACAAAAUACAGAAUAGUGAGAACUCUGUGACUGCUGGACAUUCUUCGUUGUGAAUUUAGACAACCAUUAAAUAAAAGUCUUUUAAUCAGCAUUUACAUUUUUUUUUAUCGUGAGCAGGUAUUUAGUUGAUUUUCUCAUCACUUUUAAAGUAUUUGUGAAGGAUGUUAUGAUUGAAUCAACUGUUUGUAAACAAUAUACAAUAAUGCAAAACAUUAAUUUGACAGUAAUUUACUUUCAGAUAUUAUAAACCACCCAACUAAAAUGAAAACACCAGAGAGCAAUUUUAAAGGUUUCUGCUUGAAAUUUGACCUCAAAUGUUUGUUUGUAUUCCUUAUUUCAACAAACCCUGAGAAUGUAUUUCUCAGCCAAUCCUCAGCUGAACUCAAGAUGACUCAAUCCUUCCAUAUGGCUCUGACAUUUGAUUAGCAUAACAUCAAUAAAAAGCCUUUUCUAUGAUCAUUUUACUGAUGGAAAUCCCUCUGAAAUAGUGAUGAUAGUCAUCAUCAACCAUAAUUUAUUAUGGAAAUAUAACUAUCAGGCAUGUCAAUGAUCAUCAGUGAAAACAUAACGACUUUUAAAGACUCCCUGAAACGACCAUACCCCUAAUCCGUGCUAUUACCACACUCGCCCUCCACUUUGUCUCACUCUGGGUCUUCUUACACUUUUAUCUGCCAGUGGAGUUGAGCCAUAAACUCAAAUCCAGUUUCAUGUGAUGACAACAGGUUUUACUAAAAUGUCCAAAUUAUAUUAAUUAAAUAAUAUUAGAUACAUUAACAAAGUGUAUUGAAAAGGCAAUCUGGUGGAAUUAUUAUUUGAAAUCAAUGGAUUCAUAUUUUCAUUAAUUCUCAUCAUAAAACAGCAACUAUGUGUAAAUAAAAACUUGUAUUUAAUGAUGAAAUCACUUUCACUAUUGACAAAUGAGAGGAAAAUAAGCAGGCUGCAAGUAAGUUAGAAUAAAAGAGAACAAGACAAUGAAUAUGUCUGAUCUGCUCAAAAACAUGUUCAUCUUUAUCUCUUUCUCACCAUCUGCAGCCACAUAAUGUAUAAUCUGUGUAUUUGUGGAGAGUUUAUCUUCUGUGUAGAGCUGUUUCUUAUCAAUACGAUCAAACAGCUUGGAUUCUAAAACGAGGUCACUCUGUGUCAUUUACUUCUGUGUCAGACAUGUGUAUCUUAUCUAUAGUGCGUGAAUUUCCACUGGGAUAUGUGGACCAGCUUUAUCAUGUGUUUACAUUGUUUAGCUUGAACUCAAGUCAUGUAGGGUAACUACCGUUCAAAAACCUUUGACCCUGACACGUUUCUGCAUUCAGACCAGGCGCAUUUUCAGUUGAGGAUUCACAGGAGAAAGCUCACCUCUUCGUGACUGAGGCUCAUCAGGAAUAUUAAUUUGUGUUUUUGUUGUUGCAUGAGGCAACCUACCAGCAACGGGCCUGUGACCUCAUUUAAUCUCUCCAUUCAUAGUUUAAUAUUCUGGACUUCACAUCGACGAGCCUCAACAAAGGGAUCAUCCACAGUAGAAGAGUGUUGUGGCGUGGUCCUUUGGUAACCAUGACGACUGCAGAGCCACCGAACGGACUGAGUCACCGAAAGAUCAAGUCCCGUCAGCCAGAUGAGAUCUCUGGUCAUGUUGAAGACCAUAAUAAUGUACAAGAGGAAGAUCGAAGUCGGUGGCAGAAACAUGCACAGAAGGUCAAGGUGAAAGUCCUGCAGCAGGUCCAUGAUCAGCUCAGUGAUUUACUUGACAAAACUCUGACUGAGUACGUCCAGCCUUUUACCCAAUUACAGCCAGCGGUUAACGAAAAGACGUCCAAAACAACCUCAUCCAGUUUUCAGAGAAUGGAUGACGGCAAAGUGUUCAUGGACCGGCCUUCGCUGUUGGAUGAACUAUUUGAGAUCAACCACAUCAGGACCAUCUACCACAUGUUCAUCGCUGUACUCCUUAUCUUCUGCCUGAGCACACUGACUGUCGACUACAUCGACCAGGGCAGGCUGGUCUUGGAGUUCGACCUGCUGUCCUUCGCCUUCGGGAAGCUGGGGACGGUCACCUGGGCCUGGGUUGUGAUGUUUCUCUACACCCUGCUCGUCCCCUACUUCACUCUGGUGUUUUGGGGAUCUUUUUACCACAGCUUUCCCUCUAAGCUGGGGCUGUCUCUCGGGACGGGCCUGGUCCUGUUUGCAGUGCAGACCUGUGUACUGGGAGUGUUCCCCGUCUACGUGGCUGUACACUACGAGCUGCCACCUGCCUCGCGCUUCAUUGUGAUAAUGGAGCAGAUUCGAUUCCUGAUGAAGAGCUACUCGUUUAUGAGAGAAACCGCUCCUGUUAUUAUGAAGAACACACCAAAAGAAGGAGAAAGUCCAAAAUUCCCAACAUUGUCCAGCUAUCUGUACUUCCUCUUCUGUCCAACACUCAUCUACAGGGAAUCAUAUCCUCGGAAUACCCACAUACGAUGGAAGUAUGUUGGCGUCACAUUUGGCAUGAUCUUAGGAAGCCUGUUUUAUGGCUACUUCAUCCUGGUCCGCCUCUGUGUGCCCGUCUUCAGACCUGAGACCAACCAGCCUUUUAGUAAACGAACCAUGGUUCUGGCUGUAUUCCACUCAAUAUUACCAGGUAUAAUGAUCCUCCUGCUGUGUUUCUUUGCCUUCCUGCACUGCUGGCUCAACCUCUUUGGGGAGCUGCUACGUUUUGCUGACAGAAUGUUUUACAAGGACUGGUGGAACUCAACUUCUUUCGCCAAUUUUUACCGUACCUGGAAUGUAGUGGUUCACGACUGGCUCUUUUACUACGGAUACAGAGACUUCCUCUGGCUGUCAAGAAGGAAAUUCCGAACAGCUGGCAUGCUCUCCGUGUUCAUCGUCUCUGCUCUCGUCCAUGAGUACGCCUUAGGCAUGGCAUUCGGCUUCUUCUAUCCCGUCAUGUUCUGUCUCUUUGCCUGCUUUGGAGUGUUGUUCAACUUCACCAUGAACGACAAGCGACAGAACCCCGUGUUCAACGUCAUCAUGUGGGCGUGCCUUUUCCUGGGUCAGGGUGUCCAGGUGUGUCUGUACUGCCAGGAGUGGUACGCUCAGAUACACUGCCCUCGGACCGGGAAUAGCUUCUGGGAGUUGGUGACACCUCGAUCGUGGUCCUGCGGCUACCAGAGUUGAUGCUGCCUUUUUCCUGGGCCGGAUGGAUGAAUGAGGAAAAUAAUGGAGGUCUGAAAAUCACGAUGGACUGAACACAGAAGAGAGUAAGGAACUAGAAACACUUGUAAAUAUAUAUUUUAUGUAUGAUUUUCUGCUUUUACGGUGUAAAGAUUUUUCUUUUUUUACUUUUAUCUUUAUGUUGUUUUUCAUGUCGUGAUCUGUAUGUCGCUGAUCAUUUACCUCUGAAUUAUUCCGUUUUCAAAUUUAUAAUGCUUUAUUAUUAUUAUAUAUAUAUAUAUAGUUAUAAGUAAUACAUUUUCAGAAUGCUUUAUAACAAUACUCAUAUUAAUUACCAUAAUAACACAUUAUAAACAUUUUAUAAUGACUUAAAAGGUGUUUAUUUCUUAUUUGCUGGUCAUAUAUUAUGCAUUUUGUUGUAUAAUGCCAUUAUAAGGUACUUAUAAGUGAUCAAUGUUUGCAUUAAGUGAAGUAAAACAUUAUAAUUUAUAUUGAUUUGUGUAUUCUUGCAUAUAAUUAAUAAUAUUUUUCCCUUUGCUUAAAGCAAAACAUGACCACUUUGUGUAAUUUAUGACAUUAUAUCUCAUCAUAACAGUGCUUAGAAGGCUUUAUACAAAUAUUGCAAUAUAUUAAAACUAUGGGAAUUGUAAUACAUUAUUAUCCUCAUGAAAAAAAGGAAGUAAUGUAUGAUACUUAAUCUUAUUUAAUUAUAAACUACUUUAUUAUGUGUUGUGAUUAUUUUCAUUCAGCAUUUCUAAUAUUCACGAGUGCUUAUAGCUAUAUUUCUAGAGUGGUAUAAUAAGUAUUUUCUUUAUGCAUUAUAGGCAUGAGUAUUAAAGAAAGGGUUCCCAAACUUUCUUUAAAAGGUAUUGGAAUAUACUCAUCUAUUUAUUUGAGGUGUUCAUAGAACAUCACACUGUAAGCAAACUGUUGCACAUUAAUUAAAAAGUAGCCUGUUUAUUGACAAAGUUUAUAGAACGUGUGUAAAUGUUGUGUACACCAUGUAAAAGAGUGAGCUUUAGAAGUGCUUGUUGAUGGGUUCAGUUGGUCCCCGUUACCAGUAGCAAUGUUAAGCGUGGCUAAUUGCCUCCCAGCUAAAUCUCUGUAAUUAAUACACACAUUUACAAAAUGUCAUAUACAAAAUAAUUUGAGUUAUUUGAAUGAGUACAUGUAUCUAAUUGGCAUUGAUAAGCAAUCAGAAACUCUAAACUUGUAUUCCUGCUAUAUUCAUAAUAAAUCUGGACAUGAUUGUGGAAAACGUUUCACAGAAGAUGGAGAAAUCAGUGACAACUUUGAACAGACUCUGCCACAGAGAGGCACUCAGCCCGCAGUGCUCUGCAUCAUUAAUCCGGCCUUGGUUGACAUUCGGAUGUCAGGGAUUGGUUGGGAGAGCAGGUGUGGUAACCACUAACCAACCAACCACAGCCUGCGCAGCGUCUUAUCACCCGGCCACAAAGCCUCUGUUUGUCUGCCUGCCACGUCCCUCUGAAGUCAUACAGGAAGAAGAGGAUUACCAUUGGAACAGUGUUUGCAUAGUGAUGUAAUGCUCUGUAAACUGACACAUUAUAAUACCAUGGCAGCUCAGAGAGGAACAGCGGGACAGGUAGAAGCAGCGGCAAUAGUAAAACUGAAUAUAUUUGUGUCCAUGUUUGAUUUAAUUCAUCAAAUGUUCUACUUGAAAAACAACAACAAAUCAUAUCGGUGUCUUUUUAAUUUGACAUUUUGUUUGACAUCUUUUUUUAUCACUAGCUUUAUUUUUAACGUUUACAUGAAGGAGACUGUCACACAUUUGAUCUGUUUGAUGUCUUCAGUGUGUCAGCCAUCAAUGAGCCACAUUGCUGGUCCAACUUGAAAUGUUCUCUUUUGUUGCAUGAAUACAAUGGGGGAGAGGAGAAAUAUUUGCAGAAAUAAAAAUGUGCCUUACUGUCCAUGA